AUGUUGUCCAUCAGGGGAAACGAAAUUCGAGAGUCUGGCGUCGAUCACCGGUAUGAGCCUCUAAAAAAUGGCGCAUCAAUCCGACUGUUGUAUCUACAUCCGGACUCAUUUCAUCAGCUGCCUAUUAAGGUUUCCCUGCAGGAAUUCCCCAUCGAUGCAUGUCCAAGUUUUGGGGCGCUGUCUUAUACAUGGGCGACUGAAGAUGGGGUUGCCUCUCUGUCCCGAGAAUUGCUCUGCAACGGAGCUUCUCUCAAGAUAACCGAAAACUGCGAGGCUGCACUGAAAAGACUGCGGCAACCGGCGAAAGACCAGGUCCUUUGGGUUGAUGCAGUCUGUAUCGAUCAAUCUAAUAUUGAGGAAAGGAGUCACCAGAUUGGCUUAAUGCGUCAGAUCUACACCCAGGCAACCUGGGUAGCCUUGUGGGUGGGCGAGUCAUCUUCAGCUGUGGACGAAGAAUCCGGGAAACCACUGUCGGACCUCGGCAUGGACUAUAUCCACGAUUUUGCUGUUGAGAUUGCGGAAAGAAAGAACUCGGGUCAGGAUCCUUGUGAGGGGCCGCUCUAUCAAGAGUUCAUCAAAGAUCGACAGGCAUUCCAGCAUUCUAAUAGCGAAGUCUUUACGCCUCGGGUGCGCGGCCUAUGGGAUGUAUUCCACCGUAAGUGGUGGGACAGGCUAUGGGUUAUUCAAGAAGUCGCCUUAUCCAAAGAGCCUACACUCGUCUGCGGUGGCAAGGGAGAAAGCUUCCACAACCUCCAGAUUGUCAUUGAGGCCCUCAUUAGUUCAGAACAACCUGUCGAAGUGAUGGAGUUUAACACGCUAUUCAUCGCAUCUACCUUUCACCAAUUUCAUGUACGAAAUAUGAUUAAAACUGGUGGGAUGAGUCAAGUAUCACCCCCCGGGGACAAGGCGCUCCGAAUCUUGAAUGCUACCCGCAACGCCAAAGCCACGGACCCGCGAGACAAGAUAUAUGGAAUCCUUGGCUUCUUUGGUGCCUCAGGAGAAGACGCUGAGAAUAUAUUUCCGGCACCAGAUUACAAAAAGACACCUGCUGAGCUGUAUGCAGAUGUAUCGCGAGCCAUAAUCAUCAAUACUGGAAAGUUGGACGUCUUGAGCUCGUGUUACGGAUUCAUCAAGUCGAGUGUUCCUGACCUACCGUCGUGGGCAGCCUCGUGGAACGACACUCCUUUAAAAUACUUUGACGAUGAGAUUUUCAAUGCCGCAGGGGAUUCCUCUGUCAUUCAUGAAGACUUUGGCGACAAAUUGCUCUUGCGGCUUAAAGGCAGCAAAGUUGACACUCUGAAGCUCACAGGCAAGUUGCCUGAGUCUAUAGGGUAUAGUAACGGGGCCUAUGUCGAGUUAUGGCGCUACUGGUGGAAAUUUGCGUCAGAUUUAAAGACAUACCCAACUGGAGACACUGUUUCGGACGUUUUUCAAGAUACGCUUUGCUGGGGAACCACUCUCGACUAUCACAGAGCACCACUGGAGGAAUACAAGGAGACCUUUGCGGCCUGGCUUCAAGUUGUGACAGGAUUGGACGACACGGAUACUGCUGCCAAGAAUAUCUUCAAUGGCAAAGAGCCAUACAAGUACGCUCAUAGAGCUAGUUCAAUCACUUGGGGGCGCAACAUGGGGAUAACGGACAAAGGGUAUUUAGCCAUGAUGCCCAUGACGACCAAAGUCGGAGAUGAAAUCGUUAUCUUCCAGGGAGCCAAAUUACCCUUUGUCAUCCGAACUGAAGGCGGCAAAUCUAAGCUUGGGGGGCCAUGUUACAUUCGCGGUAUGAUGGAUGGAGAGUUUUCUAUAAAGGAGGACACGCAAGCGACAGACGAGCUAGAAUGGUUCACAUUAUGGUAA